AUGUCGACCGCGUUGGCUACUGCGCGCGCGAAGACAAAAGGGAAGCGCAUGCUUCGAAACGCUCUUGACUCCUACGGCGAUGAAGACACGUCCCUGUCAAAGUGGAACGCCAGGAAGAAGAAAGCAGUCGAGGAGGGGAAGUGGGUCUGGAAGGAGAGCGUCGCGAACGCAAAUGCAGCGAUCAAGAGCAGGUUCGACAAGGAGGAGGUGCAGUCGUCUCUGAAGGCGCGGUUUGUGGAUGUCCAGGCCGCAAUGGAGGAGGAAAUGAGUAGCGCCAUCCACGUCGAUCAGCACGGUGGGCAGCUGCUUGGGCCAAGCAACCCCCAAGACAACCGGUGCUCCUGGAGAGAGCGGAUCGGCGGUAAGAUGCACCACUGCACCAACCUCCCCCCUCAAGAGAAAAAGAAGAAGACGGAUCUGCAGGAGACACCGUCAACUGCACCACUGGCUGCCAGCAAACGCUUUUGUCUCUGGCACGCCAAAGAGUGCCGAUACGAUGACCAUCUGAUGGAGAAGUCAAGGGUGAUUGAGAUACCCAACGAGUUCGGCAUGUGCUUGUCCUGUUACGAGGUCACCGCCGGAACGCUUCGCGCUACUCUGCAAAAGGUACCUCCAAGGAUCGGCGCACUGAAAAUCCCUGGCGUCUCUGAGACGAGUGCUCGCAAGGAGCUGAAGCGAGAGGCGAUGUUGAAGUUACCUGGCGCAAAUGUGUGCACGUGGCAAAAAGAGCACUCGGAGGUCAACUACGUGUGGCGAUGCAGCAACCGCGUACUGAUGCACCCCGUGCUGCGUGGGUCGUAUCUCCCCUUCUGUGGUUUCCAUGCUCCGCGAUGCAUCCAAGAGUACGGGAACAAGGGGAAGAAGGAGCAGGCGUGUCCUUUGAUCGACCGCAAGAAUCGAUACGGCAUGUGCCGCAACCACUUGGAGGCGCAUCUGAGCACGCUAAGCCUUGAAGAGCGUGGGGGCGUCUUGCUGAUCGAUUCCGACUUCGAUGUGCCAGGCAUCAAAGAGUGCAGGAAGGAGGAAGUAGUGAUCCCGCUGGUGCGGCAUCCUCUAGCUCCGAAGUAUCCGCCACCACCAGCAUUUGACCCAAGAGAUAGUCCUAACUUGCCCAUGGAGACAACCCACGCUGUUGUGAUAUUGCCAUCCCGCUCACCGCGAUCCCCAUUGGACAAGAUUGUCAAGAAGGUGCGCGUGCUCGUGGAGACAGUCAUUCGUGAGGUUCUAAACCAUCCCAACCCUGUGUCAGUGGUCGUGAAGGACGUGAUUUGGCGGGUGCAGUUCUUGCGAAGAGCAGAGGUUGUAGCUACUCGCAUCCAGCGAAUCUUUCGAGGCAACCGUGCUCGCCGACGAGUACGCCUGCUACUUUAUGAGCAGGCGGCAAUGGAUCGGAUGAAGGCGUGUCGAGUGCUUCAGCGAUUCGUGCGAGGUUUCUUGGGGCGGCGGCGGUUUGAACACGAGCACGAGAAUGUCCACAAUGCUGUUCCGCACAUCCAGCGCCUUCUGCGUGGCGCUUUGGAGCGCAAACACUUCCGAGAGCUCUUAGCUGCUAUUCGUCUCCAGCGCAACUACCGACAGUACCGCCAGCGCCUUCUUGCCCGGGCCUUCAGGGAGGAGAUUGCGUACAUGCAGGCGCUUCAACGUCAAGCCGACGCCAAUUACCUCGAGAUGGAAAAGCAGAUGAACACCUUCAGGCGGCUUCGUGCGCGCCGAGUGCUACGCGCGCACAUUGUGCGGUGGAAGCGGCGUCAAGAAAUGCACGAGCAGGAAGUCGCUGAACGCCUUCGCAACUUGCUGGGGACCGUCAAGAUCCAGCGCCAAUGGAGGCGAUACCACCGCUAUAUGAUCAUCAAGAAGCGCUACGGAAGCGCGCAAAUGAUUCAGAAGCGAGUCCGUGGUUGGCUGACGAGACACUUUUGGCGUGGGGAUCCAGCUUUGCACUUCGUCAGGAACUUUGUCAAUCCACGCAGCGGCUUCCAAUACGGCAAAGUUGUUCUGGAGCCACAGCCUUCAAGGUCCUACUCGUACCCGAGCUGGAAAAUACGAGCUCAGUAUGGCGCCUUGGCGAUUCAGCGCGUGUUCAGAGGACAUCUCGGGCGGCUGGAAGCGAAUGAGUGCUGGGCUGCAAUGUUGAAGCGAUGGGAGUGGCUAGGCAUCACGCCGACGGAUUCCAGCGGACAACUUAGUGACACCAUGACGGUGGGCCAUCAGCGCUACGGGUUCGUGCUUCCUUCUUUCGCUUACCACAAGGAUAGAAGGCAGCACAUGCGACCUAUUGCCAACGAGCCCGUGCCGAACCGAGGACAUGCGUACAAGUAUCAGUGCAUCCUGGACCUGAUCAGCGAUCGUGACGGAAAGCGUGGCUGGAGUCUCGCAAAGGAGGAGAUAUACGCGAGACAGCUGAAAGAGGAGCAAGAGUGGCUGAGAGCGGAGGAGGCUCGACGCGAUGCUAGAGAGGCUGAGAUCGCAACAAAGGCACUCAGAAGACACAUCGCGAGCAUUCGAGAUCCGCUCGAGCAGUCGAUGCCAGUAUCGAAGGCAAUUUUCCCACUUGGCUGUCUUGUGGAUGUGGUUGGUAAAGUGGAGGGCAAAACAACUCUACGCCGAGCAAAAAUCACGGCAAUUCACAAGGAGGGUGGGGUGAACCAACGACUAUCGGCUACAUUCGACGUCGAGUACAUUAAAGUAAAUCCAUAUUCUGGUGUGAUUUUAUGGCCUGCUUGA